CGGGUCCCCGGGCGGCGCGCGGUCGCUUCCCCCUCGGCUUCGGGAUGAUCGGCCAGAAGACGCUCUACUCCUUCUUCUCCCCGAGCCCCGCCAGGAAGCCACGUUCCCGCAGCCCCGAGCCGCCAGCCCCGGGGACCGGCGUGGCUGCCGUAGCCGAGGGGAGCGGGGAUGCAGCGGCCAACCCCUCCAAGAAGGCCCGGGCGGAGCAGGAGGAGCCCGGCACACCGCCCUCGUCGCCGCUGAGCCCCGAGCAGCUGGUGCGCAUCCAGAAGAACAAGGCCGCGGCCCUGCUCAGGCUCGCGGCGCGCAACGUGCCCGUGGGUUUCGGCGAGAGCUGGAAGAAGCCCCUCAGCGCAGAGUUCGGGAAGCCCUACUUUAUAAAGCUAAUGGGAUUUGUUGCAGAAGAAAGAAGACAUCACACUGUGUAUCCACCCCCACACCAAGUCUUCACGUGGACCCAAAUGUGCAACAUAAGAGAUGUGAAGGUUGUCAUCCUGGGACAGGAUCCAUAUCACGGACCCAAUCAAGCUCAUGGGCUCUGCUUUAGUGUUCAAAGGCCUGUUCCACCUCCACCCAGUUUGGAAAACAUUUAUAAAGAGCUGUCUACAGACAUAGAUGGUUUUGUUCAUCCUGGCCAUGGAGAUUUGUCUGGGUGGGCCAAGCAAGGUGUUCUCCUACUCAACGCUGUCCUCACGGUCCGGGCACAUCAAGCCAAUUCUCAUAAGGAGAGAGGUUGGGAGCAGUUUACCGAUGCGGUUGUGUCCUGGCUAAAUCAGAACUCGAGUGGCCUUGUCUUCUUGCUCUGGGGCUCUUAUGCUCAGAAGAAGGGCAGUGCCAUCGAUAGGAAGCGCCACCACGUGCUGCAGACCGCCCAUCCGUCCCCGUUGUCGGUGUACAGAGGGUUCUUCGGAUGCAGGCAUUUCUCUAAAACCAACGAGCUGCUGCAGAAGUCUGGCAAGGAGCCCAUCAACUGGAAGGAUCUGUGACCCUGAACUGGGGGGGGAACCUGGCAGUUUCUAGAAGCUGCUAUUGAAGUAUUUCAGUGAUGAAGUCGAGUUGAAAAAAAUAACAAUUUCCCUAGUGAUUCUUAAGCACUGCAUAUGGGGAAGGAAGUUUCUGUAAAGUGGCCUCGAGUCAGGCUGCCCAGGAGUGGCAGCUUUAUCCAGCAGAGACUGUACUGUGACCACAGGUCUCUUUGCAGCUUGGCUUUCGCCUAGGAUACACAUCAUAGUUCUUGGAACAGAGAGGAAGUGGAAUUCUCUAGACUCUCCUCCCGUUUCCUUUACUGUUAAAGAUGGGGAGAUACGCACCUUUUUGGUAUAUAAGUGAGCUGCUUCUCGAUUUUACUUGUAGGUUAAACUUUAGGCUGUAAGGUGUUGGGUGUUUUUAUAUAGAAAGGCCCCCUUUGCACAUCCUGCUGUUCCAGUCUGGGCCAGGUCCGUCCAGUGCCCUUGGAUCCUUUACCGAGCCCUCAGGCCCCUCCGUGGAGGAAAUAGAACUUAAGAUUUUUUUUACCAGUUCCCAGAAAUUAGGGAUCAACACUCUGAUUGUAGCAGAGGUGAAAAUUCCUAAGGAACGAUCCCUGCUGUGAGCCUUCAGCCUGGCAGAGGCCCAGAGGAGCGGGCUGGGUCUUGCUGAAACUGUUCCCUGGGCGUUCCUGGGAAUAGGCAGUGGAAGUUGAGCUGGAAUCGGACAAAGGGGGAUUUUUUUUUUUUAAGAGAGGGCAAUGCUUUUCUCCCAGGUGUAUCCUGAACGGGGUUCUUAAGCGUAGUGCCAAAUGCUAUUUUCUGGACAAACCACUUUAGGAUGCCUUUUUCUGCAACACUGGAGAAUUUCACUCUUUUAAAAAAUACUUAUGUGGAUGUAUAUAUGUAUUUUUUUUAAUCCUUUGUUUAAGAGACCAUCUUUACUAGGUCUGCACCCCCAUCCUAGAUCCUGUUAAAGAUGCUGUUUUGCUGUUAGCUGGAUUCAAAGUUAAACCUGCUAGAGUUUGGUAAUAAAAGGUAGUUGAAUUUUG